ACUCCGCAGCGGACACGCGCACUCAUGUUUCCAUGCUAUGAUGCGCAGACGGACAAAGUUGAGCGCAGAAUGUGACCUCUGCAUCUGAGGAGAACCCCCGAAGGACGGAUCCGGAUCCAGAACCCAGUCCAGAACAGACCGGACCAGUCUAGUCCAGCAGAGGAAAACCCGCAGAUCAUGGCAGCACCGGACUCCUUCUUCUUCUUCUGUUUGUGGGUCGUUGCCAUCCUCUCCGUUGGACUCGGAUGCCCCGAUCCGUGCACCUGCGCUGAUAAAUAUGGCCGCCAUUUUGCAGAAUGCUCCUUUAAAGACUUGGCGGAGGUUCCAGUUGAUUUGCCUCCAAAUGUUACGACGCUGAGCCUCUCGGCGAACCGAAUCGUCAUCAUCCCUUUGGGAAUCUUCGACAACGUGACUCAGGUGACGUCGCUGUGGAUGGCCCACAAUGAGAUCGUCUCCGUGGAACCGGGGACACUUGGCGUGUUGGUCCACCUGCGGAACCUGGACGUCAGCCACAACAGGAUCGUGGACUUCCCCUGGGAGGAUCUGCAGAACCUCACAGCUCUGCAACUGCUGAAGAUGAACCACAAUGAGAUGGAGAACCUGCCAAACGACGCCUUCACCAACCUCAAAGACCUGAGGUCCCUCCGCCUCAAUGACAACCGGUUCACAACCAUCGCCGCAGGGACGUUCGACGGCUUGAUCUCUUUGUCGCAUUUACAGAUUUAUAACAAUCCAUUUGACUGCAUCUGCUCCCUGGACUGGCUCAGGGUCUGGAUCUCAGCAACAACCAUCACGGUUCCGGACCAGAACCUGAUUGUUUGUGCGACGCCGGAGAAACUUACAGGAGAAGUUAUCGUGAAUCUGACUGAGUCAAAGUGUUCAAGCCCAAAUGUGACAAUAAAAACCAAAUCCAAGGCUCACAACAUGACCUUCUCUGAAGGAAGUGUUCUGGUGUUGACCUGUGACUUUAAGGGAAAUCCAGAACCUCUGGUCAAGUGGAGCAUCCAGAGCCAAAACAAGAACAGGGAGCUGGUUUUGUCACUUGUUGAAGGCGACUCAGCUGAAUCCACUGUGGACUCUUUGAAGUCUGUCAAAGUCCACCCAAACGGGACUCUGGUCAUUUCACAUCUUCAGAAGGAAGAUGGAGGAACGUACAGCUGCUCUGGAACAAAUCAGUUUGGUCAAGCUGAAGAUUCAGUGUUUGUGGAGGUGUUGGCGUUACCGAAACCAACACCUGUAAGAAAGACAACCACAACGCGUAGUUAUCCCAGAACACCACCACCUGUGCUCCAAACCACAAGCACAAUGUCUGUUUUUGACUCAGAUGUCGAAAGAAAAGACUUAAUCAACACAGAUCCCACCAUCCUACCAACUGCAGAAAUUAAAAUGCACGAAGAGGAACCAAGUUACCCGUCACGCAGCAGUAAAUGUAGCUUGACAGUGAAUACAAAAUACGUCUCCAGUCACGUCUUUAACGGGAGCUUUGAAGAUGUGAAGCAGUACACAUUUGACUUCGGUGUCAUCGCUUUAGGAGUGUCGGAAACAGAGGUGACGGUUCGUCUCAAUCCACUGCUCAAACCCAAAGAGAAGACAGUCAACGGAGACGACUCGUCUGAAAGCUCCGGUUCGGACUCUAACGGGUUGUUCCUGUGCAUCGCCACUGACCGCAAACACUCAGCGGUGCAGUGGACGAGGAUUAAAGACGGCGUCAACACGUAUCAGUUCACCGGUUUGCGACCCGGAACCAACUACUCCCUCUGUCUGACCUACAGGGAUGAGGACUGUGAGGUCCAGGUCCUGUUCACCACCAGGAGGAGGGUCCCCAACCUCCUCAUCAUCAUCUCCGUCAGCAUCUGCCUCCUCACCAUGUCCACGGUGCCACUGCUCGGCGCCACCUGCUUCCACCUGGUCUACAAGUACCGCAGCAAGACCUACAAGCUGAUCCUGAAGGCCAAGGACCAGUACCAGAUGGAGAGGGCCAGCUUCAACAUCCACGCCCCCCACACCGAGUCGCAAAGGCAGAUCAACGGCAGCCAGCUGGACGAGGAGGAGGAGGAGGAGACGGAGAGCGCUGACGGAGACAAGGAGGCCGACACCGAGGAGAGCGUGGUGACGGAGUCCGUCACGUUGUCGCAGUGCAGAGGCAACGCGGACGACUGCGAGGUCGGGUCGGAGUACAGCGACCGGCUGCCUUUGGGAGCCGAGGCCAUCAACAUCACAAGCAACUACAAAUAUCCAUAUCAGUAAAUGUCUGUAAGUCUCAUUGGUCCAGGUCAUCGUUCAUCAUUAGUAGUUUUUCUAAGUUCAACUGGAUAUCAGUUCAAUUUGAGCUG